AUGGGUGAUAUUGAAGGAUCUCCAGGUAGCUCCAUGCAUGGAGUAACUGGAAAAGAACAAACGUUUGCAUUUUCAGUUGCAUCACCUAUAGUUCCAACAGAUACAACUGCAAAAUUUGAUUUACCAGUUGAUUCUGAACACAAAGCCAAAGUUUUCAAGAUUUUCUCAUUUGCUAAUCCUCAUAUGAGAACUUUUCACCUUUCUUGGAUUUCUUUUUUCACUUGUUUCGUUUCUACUUUUGCUGCAGCCCCUCUUGUUCCCAUUAUUCGUGACAAUCUCAAUCUUACCAAAAACGACAUUGGAAAUGCUGGUGUUGCUUCUGUUUCUGGCAGCAUAUUCUCUAGGCUUGUAAUGGGUGCAGUGUGUGACCUAUUAGGGCCAAGAUAUGGUUGCGCUUUUCUUGUUAUGUUAUCAGCUCCUACUGUUUUUUGCAUGUCUUUUGUGUCUGAUGCUGGUGGAUACAUAGCAGUUAGGUUUAUGAUUGGAUUUUCUCUUGCAACUUUUGUUUCUUGCCAAUAUUGGAUGAGUACUAUGUUCAAUAGUAAGAUCAUAGGACUUGUUAAUGGAACUGCGGCCGGCUGGGGUAAUAUGGGUGGCGGAGCAACUCAGUUAAUAAUGCCUUUAGUUUAUGAUUUGAUUCAAAAAGCUGGUGCUACUCCUUUUACUGCUUGGAGGAUUGCUUUUUUUGUUCCGGGCAUGCUUCAUGUUAUUAUGGGUAUUUUGGUCUUAACUAUGGGCCAAGAUUUGCCUGAUGGAAAUCUUGGUGCUUUACAAAAGAAGGGUGAUGUUGCUAAAGAUAAGUUCUCCAAGGUUUUCUGGUAUGCUAUUACAAACUAUAGGACUUGGAUCUUUGUCCUUCUUUAUGGCUAUUCUAUGGGUGUUGAAUUGUCUACUGACAAUGUUAUUGCUGAGUACUUCUAUGACAGGUUUAACCUCAAGCUACGCACUGCUGGAAUAAUUGCUGCAACUUUUGGUAUGGCUAAUCUCCUUGCUCGUCCUUUCGGAGGCUAUGCAUCAGAUGUAGCAGCAAGAUAUUUUGGCAUGAGAGGAAGGCUCUGGGUUCUUUGGAUUCUUCAAACAUUAGGAGGAGCGUUUUGUGUAUGGCUUGGCAGAGCCAAUUCUUUACCAAUUGCUGUAUUAGCAAUGAUUCUCUUCUCUAUUGGAGCUCAAGCUGCUUGUGGAGCUACAUUUGGUAUUAUCCCAUUCGUUUCCAGACGAUCUUUGGGAAUUAUAUCAGGAUUAACAGGAGCUGGUGGUAAUUUUGGUUCUGGAUUAACACAACUAAUUUUCUUUUCAACUUCAAAAUUCUCAACAGCAACUGGUCUUUCUUUAAUGGGACUUAUGAUUAUGGGCUGUACUCUUCCUGUUACAUUAGUCUAUUUCCCUCAGUGGGGUGGAAUGUUCUUUCCUGCUUCAAAAGACAUUGUAAAAUCUACUGAAGAAUUUUAUUACGGCUCAGAAUGGAACGAGGAAGAGAAGCAAAAGGGUUUGCACCAACAAAGCCUGAAGUUCGCCGAGAACAGCCGGUCGGAGCGCGGCAAGCGCGUCGCUUCUGCUCCAACUCCACCAAACACCACCCCUAACCAUGUCUAGUAAAGAUUUUAAACUUCAUUUCCACAAUAAUUUUCAAGAAGGGUUGUUUAAAAUUUUCUUGUGUACUUAAUUUCAAAAAAAAUCAAGAUUGUACUUUUAAAAGAAAAAGGAAAAUAAUGUAGUGUGUGGUCAUAUAUUAGAAUAUUCCAAAGAUUCAUAUGUAAGGAAAGUUGUCUUCUGGUAUCAAUAUAGAGAAUCAUAAAAUGCAGAUCUCUAUGUCUGUACAUGAGA